UAUCAUAAUCAUAAUCAACCCUUUGAAAAUUCUCUCACAUGUCACAUAAUAAUGAAUCAUACCCAAAAAAACAAACUAUAAUAGUAUAUGUAAGUGACAAAAUAACCAUAACAAAAGCACAAAAAAAAUCAAAGAAAAAUGGCUCAUACACACAGAGAACAAUUCAAACCCAUAGCACCAAAUUUCAUAUCAUUAUCAACUCAUUACAGAAGCCCUAGUGCAGAAAACCAGCACCAUAAUUUAUCAGAACACAAAACCAAAACCCUAAAAAAGUGUGCCAUAUGGUGUGGAUGCAUCACUGCAAUUCUGUUAUUACUCUUUGUAAUACUCAUAGUCCUAGCUUUCACAGUCUACAACGUUAAAGAUCCUGAAGUGAGAAUGAACGGAGUUACAUUAAUCAACGGAACCUUCACCGGUACCAACGCAACUAAUAUCGUUACGAUUCUCGCUGAUAUGUCUGUGAAGAACACAAACUCAUUUACUUUCAGGUAUGGAGAAGUUAACACAACUGUUUAUUACGAUGGAACUGAGAUCGGAAGAGGUGUAACGCCGCCGGGGAAAGCGAAAGCGCAGAGAACGGGGAGGUUUAACGUGACGCUGGAGAUUAUGGCGAAGAGGCUUGUGGAUAAACCGGAAUGGAUUGUGGAUAUUAGAGAUCAAGGUUUGAAUUUUAGCACUUAUACGAAGAUGAGUGGGAAGGUGAAAAUAUUGAAUUUGAUUAAGAGGAAGGUUGGGGUUGAGUUGAAUUGUACUAGUCAAUAUAAUAUUACUACUCGUUUGAUCACACGUGGUGAUAAUUGUGUUGGGUUUGUAAGUAUUUAGAUUUUAGUUACUUAUGGAUUCAAUUCUGGUGAUUAGUAUUUGUGAGAACUUCAUUAUUGACAAAGACAAUAGCACAGAAGAGGAUUGCAGAUUCGAAGUUGCGAUUGAUCUUAGUUGCUAAGAUACACUUGACACGACAAUAUUUGGGACAUCUUGUAUCAUAUACAUCAUUUGAUCAUUGUUAUAAAGAAAAAUUUAUGAUUUAGGUUCAUUUAGUAAUUAUAAUCUAAAGAGUAAAUUUCUAAUUAUAACAGUGACUAAAGUGUUAGCUUGAGAUUUUGGACUCUGCCUUUGUUUGGGUGUACGUUUGAAGAGCCUUUCUCACGUCCCAAUGCAUUUUAGAUGUGAAAAUGGAGAUGUUACAUUAAAA